AGAGCUCGAUAAUAAAUAGAUUACUGACUGGAUUCAACAAAAGUAGUACUUAGCAGGAGUUUAUGUUUGUAUGAAAUUCUCUCCUAAUUUUGAUCUGUAAAAGGGCAUUGCAUUAAUUGAAUGAAUUCUCUUAUAUUAAAAAAACAAAGGCGUCUUUUCUCUCGACACAUCUCUCUGUCAAAAACUCAAAGGAAGAAAAGUAAACCAUCUCUUGUGACUGACGGACUGGCUUCAUCGAUUUCCUUCCCCCCACCCCAUUUCAUCAAUCAACUUCCGUUGAGGGAAUAACAGCAUGGGUUUGAUGGAAUUGAUGAAUUCUCCUAUUGACUGGGAAAAGGAAUCUUACCCAGUCUAUCAGGAUUUUGUUGCUCUUCCUUUCUUUGCUGUCUUCUUCCCUUCAGUCAGAUUUUUUCUCGAUAGAUUCGUCUUUGAGAAAUUAGGAAGGCGGCUUAUUCUUGGUGCUGGAUUUCAGAAAACUGAUAUUGAAAAUGAUGAUAGGAGAAGAAAGGUUAACAAAUUUAAGGAGUCAGCAUGGAAAUUGAUUUAUUAUCUUUCAGCUGAGUUACUUGCGUUAAUUGUUACCCAUGAUGAGCCAUGGUUUACAAACACCCGCAAUUUUUGGGUAGGACCUGAGAAUCAAACCUGGCCUGAUCUGCAAGUAAAAACGAAGCUAAAAGGUCUGUACAUGUAUACUGGAGGCUUUUAUACAUACUCGAUAUUUGCUUUGAUGUUUUGGGAAACAAGGCGUUCAGACUUCGGCGUAUCCAUGGGUCACCAUGUUGCGACAGUCAUUCUUAUUGUGUUAUCUUACAUACUCAGGUUUGCUCGUGUUGGUUCGGUUGUUUUGGCUCUUCAUGAUGGGAGUGAUGUGUUUUUGGAAAUUGGGAAGAUGUCCAAGUAUGGUGGCUUUGAAAAGAUGGCUUCCGCUGCAUUUGCUUGUUUUGCGUUGUCAUGGUUCAUACUUCGCCUUUUUUAUUAUCCAUUCUGGGUCCUUUGGAGUACAAGUUAUGAAGUCCUCCAAACAUUUGAUCAUAGUAAGCACCGAGUGGAUGGACCCAUCUACUAUUAUUUAUUCAAUACACUUCUCUUCUGCUUGCUCGUUCUUCACAUCUACUGGGGUGUGUUGAUAUACCGGAUGGUUGAUAAACAAAUCAAGGCAAGAGGUCUGGUGAGCGAUGAUCUUCGAUCAGAUUCAGAAGGUGAAGAUGAGCAUGAAGAUUAAUCCCAUAUCAACAUUGACAAGCUCCACAUGCACGCAUCUGAAGGCUGAAAAUUUCUUGCAUAUAAAAACACAGCGAUAAUUUCCACAAAGAACUUACUCAUGACUGAAGGGGUUGGUAAUUUCAGGUUUGAUACCAAGUGGAACAGAUAGCAACAAGCAGAGUCAUUUUAUUUGUAGUAUAUUCUUUGCUGAAAAUUUCUUGCAUAUAAAAACACAGCGAUAAUUUCCACAAAGAACUUACUCAUGACUGAAGGGGUUGGUAAUUUCAGGUUUGAUACCAAGUGGAACAGAUAGCAACAAGCAGAGUCAUUUUAUUUGUAGUAUAUUCUUUGUGUUUGGCCAUUACAACAAUCUUAGUUUCUUAGCUGUUCAUUCACAAUUAAUAAUGUAGAUAUAGGAAAUUUGAACAUAUGAUGUUUAUCUAUUAGGUCAGUCGAACAUUGUCUUAUUGUGCAGGGCAUGAAUUUUAAUGUCAUGAUUUUUCCCCUUCUAUUUGGUCUUCUCUUUUCUCCA